AUGGACACGGAAUCCCUGAGGCAAAAGAUGUCAGACCUCGUUGCUCGGUCGCAGCCGUACAUCGAGCAAGCGAAUGCCCACAUACGACCAUACGUCGACCAAGCCAACGACCAGAUCCAGAAAUCCAAACACCACUGCUCUUCUAUGCUCCAAUCAGCCCAAUCGGAGUUGCAGACGCUGUCACAAAAGCCCCAUUUCAAGGAGGUCCUCUACGGCUUGACUCUCUUCGUGUUCCUCGCCUUUGCGAUCAGUCGGUACAUCUCCAGCCGCCGCUCUCGCUACUUCACCCGCUCAUCUCGCCCCUCGACGCCGCCCACACCACAGCUCGAAAAGGCGACGUAUAGCAAAGGCCCCAAUGGGACAGCUCAGGCCCGGAAACCGGGCACGUGGAUCCCGUCCAACUUCCAACGGCCCAAGCCGCCGGCGUACGAGAACUGGUCCAUCGAGCACACGAAGCCGCUGCCGUACCGGCCCUUCCGCUACGGGCCCAAGUAUUUCGUGACCAUGGGCCUGCGCAACGUCAAGUGGGACGACUGGAUCGAGCUGGACAACCACUUCCCGCGGUACCACGCGGACAAGGCGCGGCGCAUCCAGGAGCGCGGCCACAAGUGCUGCAAGACGGCGCCCGAGGCGUACCCGGCGGCGCUAGAGCUGCUGGAGGAAUUCCGCUCGUACCUGCCAGACCGCUACCCGACGCUGUACCAGCGCACCGAGAAGGGCGUCAAGAACCUGUGGUCGGGCGAGGAGCUGGACACGACGUCGCGGCCCCUGCCCGAGGACCCCAUGCAGACGGCGGCGCGCAUGGUGCAGGACGACCUGGCGAUCAUGAUCGAAGGCGCCGACGGCCAGUACUACCUCUUGGCCGGUGCCAUCCUCCUUCCGGGGUUCUGGCGGCUGGAGGACAAGUACGGGAUGCCGCUGUCGGAGAUCCACACGAGCGGCGACGUGCCGCAGUUCCGGGAGAAGCUGGAGAAGGGCAUGAUGAACUUCUUCCGGCGGCUCAAGCCCGAGGAGCUGGUGGCGCGCAACAACUACUUCCUGCAGGUGGACGACGACCUGGCGUGGUCGUACUCGAUCGGCAGCGAGGACAACCCGGACAUCAGCUGGAACACGGCGGAGAAGGACCGGGCGAUCGAGCACCACUUCUUCCGGUCGGAGCGGCAGACGCUGCGCCGCCUGCCCAAGUCCGGCGGCGUCGUCUUCACCAUCCGCACCUACUUCCACCCGAUCACCGAGAUCGCCGAGGAGGACUACGUGCCCGGCCGCCUGGCCAGCGCCGUGCGCAGCUGGGGCGACGACGUCUCCCGCUACAAGGGCAAGCAGAAGUACGAGGCCGUCCUGCUCGAGUACCUCGACAAGAAGCACCAGGAGCAGCUGGACCGGGGGCUGAAGGUGGAGGAGGAAGAUGAGAAGAGGAGUUAUCCGUGGUGA